AUGGCCGUGCAGGUGACAGUUCUGCCUUCCCCCAAGUGUCUGUACGAUGACCCUGUGCAGAUCUGUGUGGCGGGUCUCCAGCCGGAGCAGGCUGUCACCCUCCGAGCCAGCGUGGUGGACGAGAUCGGGGAGCUUUUCGAAGCCCAAGCUCACUACAGAGCUGAUAGCAGUGGAGAGCUCGACCUCAGCCACUCCCCAGCGCUGGGGGGCAGCUACUCGGGAGUGGAGCCCAUGGGGCUGCUGUGGUCUCUGAAGUCUAAAACACCCUAUAAGCGGCUGGCAAAGAGGGACGUCCUGAGCCCUUUCUGCGUGGACUUUGAAGUGUAUGAGGGCCACGGGGACAUGAGCUGCUUGCUGGGAAAAUGCACCAAUGAACGAUGGUUUUUGAAAGAGGGGGUGACGAGGAUUCCAGUCAGAGAAGGUCGUCUGAAAGCAACCCUCUUCCUUCCUCCUGGACCUGGUCCAUUCCCUGGACUUGUUGAUUUGUAUGGAUCCGGAAGAGGUCUUAUGGAAUACAGAGCAAGUCUCCUGGCUAGCAGAGGCUUUGUGACUCUGGCUCUUGCUUAUGUGGCCUUUGAAGGUCUCCCUGCUGUGCCAGAGGCUCUUGAGCUGAGCUAUUUUGAAGAAGGUCUAAACUUUUUGCAGAAGCAGCCACAGGUGAAAGAUACUGGGAUUGGCGUUUUGGGCUUGUCUAAAGGAGCCGAUCUAGGUCUCGCCAUGGCCGCAUUUCUACCUGGCAUCAAGGCAGCUGUCAGCAUAUCUGGAAGUGGUAUUAAUUAUUUCGUUCCUUUGCGGGGGGAUGGUUUCACUAUUCGUGAACACCCAUAUGAUUUGAAGAGGAUAAAGAAGAAUGACGAGACUGGCCUAGCAGAAUUUUCAGAGCUCCUAGAUGAUCACACGGACCCAUCAACUUGGGAUUGUCGCUUGCCACUGGAGAGGUCCUCAGCCAAAUUCCUCUUCCUGUCAGGACUGGAUGACACGACCUUGAAAAGUGACCUGUAUUGCCGGGAUGCUGUUCAGCGCCUUCAGCAGCAUGGACGGGAAGUGGAGUUUUACUCCUAUCCUGGAACAGGGCACCUCUUGGAGCCACCAUUCUUGCCUCUGUGCCAGGCUUCAAUGUACAAAACACUCGAGGUGUAUGCUCGUUGGGGAGGGCAGUGGAAGGAGCAUGCCAAAGCCCAAGAAGAUGCCUGGCCCAGGAUACAGGACUUUUUCUGGCGACACUUGGGGGACUGA